AUGCAGUAUCCCGUAGCACUACAACUCCACAACUUUAUCUCGGCGCCUUCUUCUCCGGAACCCAACACCCCGCUGCCCGAAAAUACGGCCAAAGUCAUUAAAAUCACCAACUGUCGCGUCUUGAGAGACCACAAGAUUGUCGAAAAGGAUGCCAUUUGGAUCCAAGACGGAAAGAUUAUCGACCCCCAUAAGUUCUUUUGGUACCAAAAGCGACUCCCCGAUGUGGUGCUCGAUGCAGAGGGCCUGUUAGUUGUUCCUGGAUUCAUUGAGACGCAGAUUAAUGGCGCCUUUGGUGUAGACUUUUCGGUGCCUUCUGACCAAGACACGUAUGAGCGGGGCUUGACAAAAGUGAGCCGAGGACUGCUCAAGUACGGAACAACCUCCUAUUGCCCCACAAUUGUGUCCUCCAGUGCCGCGGUCUACCAUCAGGUCCUUCCACUUCUUAAGCCAAGGUCUGGUUCUUCCGAUUCAGGCGCCAGCAUCCUCGGCGCCCAUGUAGAAGGCCCAUUCAUCAACGAGGCUCGGGUUGGAGCACACGAACUCAAAGUUCUUCAAGCCUCUGCCAAGAACGGAUUCCAGGACUUCAAAAACGUUUACGGAUUCGAAGGCGACACACCCGAGGCGCAAAGGAAGCUGAACGAGGAGAAUCUUCAGUCCGUCAAGAUUAUUACCUGUGCUCCAGAAUUAGAUGGCGUGAUGGAGAGUAUUCCUGAUCUCGUCAAAGCAGGGAUCACAGUCUCAGUUGGUCAUUCAAUGGCCAAUACCUCUCAGGCCGAGAAGGCUGUCUUGCAGGGAGCAACAUUCAUUACGCAUCUGUUCAACGCCAUGCCACAGUUCCACCAUCGCGACCCCGGCAUUAUCGGUCUUCUUGGAUCCCGCUUGGAUUUACAGCGACCCUACUACGGCCUUAUUUGCGACGGAAUACAUGUCCACCCCAACUCUGUCAAGAUUGCAUACGAUUCUCAUCCAGAAGGAGUCAUUCUUGUCACCGAUGCGAUGUCUGCCAUGGGUCUCUCGCCAGGGGACUACCGACUCGGGAACAUGGAUGUUACCAAAGAGGAAGAUCGCGUUGUGAUUGAGGGUACCGAUACUCUUGCUGGAAGUCCCCACAGCAUAGAUCAGUAUACAAUAGAGCAACAAGAAUCGUUGGACAAGCAGCGUCACGAUGAAGGAUCCCUCCCGACACCACCUGGGUCGACCCCCCUAUCGCCACAAAAAAUGAUGGCCUCCGGCAUCCCUUCGACGCUCGACCAACUCCCUUCGCCUACGACUUUGAAGAGUAUUGUUCAUGGAAUCAUUGCUGCAAGGUUCUGGAAGACUUUGAUCGUACACACUGAGGAAUACGAGGAGCACGAUGUGUACGAUGAUUGCGAACACUAUGAAGGAUCGGAGCAUAGGAUGCGCAUCAUGAGCUUAUCUGUUUCCGACACGGAUGACAAUGCUGAUGACUGCGAGCGGGCUCCGUACGAUUCGUUUAAACCACAACAAUCGCAGCAUCGGCAACAACUCGACAUUCCAUCCAUUCAACAGCAAACAGCAGCACUGAACAGCACGCCUCCGGAGCAGGGAAUGAGUGAAUGCAGCUGCCAUCCGAGUAGCAGUGGCGACAGUACAGAAGAGGGCAAGAAGCUCGCAGAGUCCCGACAGAUAUCACCUUCAAACCCCACAAACGUUAACAAUGACGGUGACCUUUGCUGUCCAUCAUCUAGUGUCAUCACUUUGGAUGCCUGCAUGCGCAACUUUAUUCAGUUCACGUCUUGUUCGGUGGUCGAGGCACUGGAAGCGGUGACACUACACCCGGCAGUUCUAUUAGGCAUCCAGGAGAGCAAGGGCGUGAUAAAGCCUGGUGCUGAUGCGGACUUGGUCUUUUUGUCGGACGAUCUGUAUGUGAAGCGGGUCUUUGUUGCUGGCGAGGAGGUGGACUUGGGCGCGAUACAGGUCUAA